AUGGAUACAUCAUUAAAGUGGCAAAAUUUUCCUGGCGAGAUUAUGGAGUUAGCUUUUGGCUAUCUGGAAGAGGACAGCGAUAUCAAAAACUGUCGCUUGGUAUGUUCCAAUUGGAAUACCGCCACUUUCAAGCGUGGAAUCCGGGUAGCGCUGGGAAGCGCUGGUAGAUGUGAAAAGCUUAUAAAUGAUUUGGUUGUGUUCCCCCAGUUGGCUGCCAAAAUUCGAAAACUAUACAUUAGCUAUAUUAACGAAGAUCCUAUAGACCCUGAUAUGUUUAUCUUGGUACUAAAUAAAUGCACUUACAUCGAGAAGCUCAGAUUUUGUAUAAAUCAAACUGGCGAACAGUAUUUGUUGGCGUUGUUCGAUGAGACGCCGCAUAUCUCGCGUAUGAAAGAAAUUGCUGUUGAUAACGUUAAAUCCUGCUCUACACCAAUUCGAAUAAGCUAUAUGCUGAUCAACUUCGCGUACCGUAAUUCAAUAACGGUGUUGGAAAUAAGUGAUGUUAGAGAUGCAACAUUAUCUGGGAUUUUCGCUGGUUGGCAAACGUGUCUCAUGUCAGAAUGUAGGGAAAAUCCAAGAUUAGCUACAGCACUUAAUUUUAUGGCUGAAGCCUGUCAUACAUUGACCGAAUUCGCUUCUAAAUUUCCCAAGUUAAAGUUCUUAAAAGUACAACCUGGUUUGCUUAGUGAUGAUAUUGAUAUCACUGCUCUAAUGGCGACAAAUAAUUGUACACUGGAGACAUUGCAUCUUUCUAGUUCUCAUUGCUAUUUGCAUGUAAAAAAACCGUUUCAUAGCUGGCCAAAUACCAAUCCAUACAACUCGCUAACAGAACUUUAUAUAAGCGGACUUGGCAUUUGCGCGGAAACUUUGGAAUGUAUCAUGACAUUUACAAAUCUUAAAAAGCUGUUCAUUAAACUGAUAGUACCUUCAGCCCUUUAUGAAUACUCUCGUUUCAACAGAGAUAAAACUCGAUUAUUGGUGGAUCGAUUUACUUCAUUUUGUAAUACAAUUAAAAACGUUGAAGUCGAUAUGGCUUACGAAACAUUUGCUGAAGACAAUGCAUUUGCCGAAAGACAGUUGGUUAUUAAAGAUGGUAGAUCAAUUGACAAGGAAUAUAAAGGCAGCGAUUUAAGCUUAUUUUUUACGAAGGCGUUCAAUAUCGAAGGUUAUGAUAUUACUAAUCCAAUCGUAAUUAUUCAUGACGAUGAUGACUAUGAAUGA